AACGUGAGGAGUGACCCUCUGCUGGAGCGACCUUUGGGGCGCAGCCUUCGGGCUGCGGUAGGCCCGGGCACCUAUAGGCCGCGGCCGUGGCACAGCGUGUGCGGCGGAUCGAUCGGCAGGGUGCCUGGCACGGCCAUGUUCGUCGUCUGCUGCCAGGACUCCCACGACCGCGAGGAGACCGCCGGCGACGACAGCUACGCCGUGCUGUCGAUUACCAGCGAAUGUGUUCGUCGCGGGGGCGCGCGUGGCUCUGUCGGUGCGCCGUCCCCCAGCGCGAAGCAGCUGCGAGACGCCCCGAGGCGACACCCAGCAUCGGAGGAAGAGGCCGUGGAGAAGGCACGCCUGCAGUCUCUCGUGGACUCCUUCGCCAAGCGUGCCGUCAGGGGCUGCCCCUGCACGUACCUGGACGGCAUGGGCAGGGCUCGGAUAGACGCGCUGUAUCGCCUCGACGAGAGCCUUCGGCGCCUGACGCUGCUGGCGAAGGGCGACCGCAGUGUGAUUGCAGAGUGCUCGAUCGAAGACAUCCAGGAUAUAUACCUGCUAGAAGAUGACGGCGAGGAGCCACCAGAACAAGCAAUUUCAAAAGCAUAA